UAGACCGCGCCAAACAAUUGGAUAACCUUUAUAGAUGCGUCACCCUCUCGGAGCCCCGGGGCGGAGCCUCCUUUAGGGGCUCAGCACCUCACACCAGGGGAGCAGUUUGGGGGAAGAGAUGCAAGCCAGCGGGUCCUGCUUCACGAACCGGUCUAAACCUGGUAUAAGAACCCAGAAAGCAGGCCAGACGAAGUCUGAAAGAGGACUGUAGCGGAGCCAAAGGAAGAAUUACUGACCGCCUUCCACUCUGGCCCCGAACGAAACAUCAUGGUGGGAGGCUUGAAGAGGAAACACUCCGAUUUGGAAGAGGAGGAGGAGGAAGAUGGGAAGUGGGACUGGAGCCCAACAGGCCUUCGGAACUACCAGCAAGCCCUGCUCCGAAUCUCCCUAGACAAAGUCCAGCAGCGCAGCCUGGGUCCCCGAGCACCCAGCCUCCGCAGACACGUCCUCAUCCACAACACCCUGCAGCAGCUCCAGGCCUCCAUACGCCUGGCUCCAGCACCUGUCUUGCCUCCUGAGCCCCUCUUCUUGGGCGAGGAGGAUUUCUCCCUGUCUGCCACCAUUGGCUCCAUCCUCAGGGAGCUGGAGACCUCCAUGGAUGAGACAGAGCCACCUCAGAAUCCAGUGGCUCCCCCAGGCCUCCAGAAUGAAGUGUUGCCUCAGCCUGAUCCAGUUUUCUUAGAAGCUCUGAGCUCCCGGUACCUGGGGGAUUCAGGCCUGGAUGACUUCUUUCUGGACAUUGACACUUCUGCGGUGGAAAAGGAGCCUGCCCUGGCCCCCCCAGAGCCCCCACGCAGCCUCUUCUGUGCCCCAGGGUCCUGGGAGUGGAAUGAACUGGAUCACAUCAUGGAAAUCAUUCUGGGGUCCUGAACUGUCUUUGGGCGGGGUCCUUUCUCACAUCAGCCGUGUUAGGCUAGAUCCCGGCUGCAGCUUGUGAGAGAGAGAGAGAGAGAGAGAGAGAGAGAGAGAGUGAGUGAGAGAGAGUGAGAGUGUGUGUGUGUGUGUGUAUGUGUGUUGGUGGGGGCUCUAGUGACUGGCCGCCCCCAUUCCUCCCAUUUCAGGGUUCCACAAACUGUCUUGCAUGUGUGUGUCUGGUUACCCCAGCCUUCUGUGAAGGUGGAUCUUCCUGAUAUAAUUUAUCUGUUCCAGAUGCCUUAAGGGCUCCAUUCCUGGGAGUCUGCGUUCUCACAUCUGCCUUUUCCUUCCAGUGACCACUGGGGCCUCAGGGAAGAUGACACUGGGCCUGUCAGAGGUUGACAGGGAUGUGCUGCCAGGUUGCUCUGGAAACCCAGGCUCUUGUCUCUUGAGGGAAUGGGAGGGGCUGGUCUCCUCCCCACAAGUUGAACCCCACUUCCUUGGCAGGACCCCAGUCCCAGCAGCCUCCUGAUUCAUAACCAGGCCGGACCACGUGCAAUAGGGUGGAAACCAAACUGCUCCAUGCCGCAUUAUUUAAAAGAAAGGCAGGGUCUGUGGGGGCUUUUGUAAGUUUUUUAAAAUAAAAGUGUUUUGGAAGGAGUGAUGUGCAUUAAGUGGAUAACGUUCACUGGGACGAUGGGAGGGACUUGCUGAGUUUCCUAGACAUCUGCACCCUUUCCCUGCUGAAGAAGGGGCAGGUAGAAACACUUAAACACCGCCGGACAUGACAGUUAUUGAGUCUUCAUUAAGAGUCCUGUCUGCCGGAUGUGGUGGCACACACCUAUAAAUCCCAGCACCUAGGGCCGGGGAUUUAGCUCAGUGGU